AUGGAGCUCGGGAAGGAGGAAGGAGGAAAACGGGAAUCCCCUCAGGGGGUGCUGGCCCAGCUGGAAUCCCUGGAACGCCGGGAAGGGCUGGAAUUACGGGCUCGGGAAUGUCGGGAUCGUCGGAAAUUUCGGGAAUUCUGGCUGCGAUGCCGGGCUCGGGAAUUGCGGCUCCGGAGGGAUCGGCUGCGGGAAAAGCUGGAGAGGCUGGAAAAGCAGGCGUCAGGAAAAGCGGGAACGGCUCCGGAUCCGACCCCUCCCGACCCUCGGGAUAUCCUGGAAUGGCGGAUCCGGAGUCUCCGGGCGCUGCUCCGGCUUUUCCACCUCACAGGGAUCAGCGGGAAGCUCUCCAAGCAGGGAAUUGUCCUCACCCUCAGCACUUCCUACGAGAAUUCCCAGCUGGAUUCUUUCCACCUGGAACUCCGAGCCCAUCCCCAGCUCCGGAUCCAUCGCCAUUCCAUCCCCGCCUUCAUCCCCCUGGAGAGGCUUUCCCGGGAAUUCCUGCCCGGGAAUCUCCGGCUCUUCCUGGAUUUGCUCUCCCGGCACCUCAAUGGAUUCGUGGGGAGGAAAUUCCAGGCCGAGCAAUUCCAGGAACGCUUCUCCGACUGGAUCCAAGGAAUUCCCCACCGGAAUUCCUUGUGCAACCUCCUGAAAUUCCGCUACAGCCUGACCAGGAAGAGCCGGAAUUUCCCAUUCCAGGCCCGGCUCCUGUACCGGGAUCCCUGCAGGAGCCUCCCGACGGAUGUAUCCGUGUCCUGCUCCCGUGAGUUGGGAUUUCCUGCCGGAAUGAGGGCCAGGAGGGAGAGGGAACAACCUGGAGAUUCCGGUGGGAUCUUGGGAACGAUUCCCACCUGGAAAGGGGCUGGCAGGGCUGGAUCCCCCAUCCCUGCAGGUUUUUCGGGACACUCUGGGUGUGGGAUCAUCCCCUUGGAUCCGGGAUCGGGGCCGGAUGAUCCCGGAGCUUCUUUCCCGACGCCGAUCCGGCGGAAUUCCCCUUUUCCAGCGGAUUCUCCGGACGCUCCGGCGGCGCAGUUGGAGCAGCACUCGGAGCUGUUCCGGAAGGUUCCGCUCCACAGGGCGUUCCAGAGCCUCGCCGGAACUCCCUGA